AUCCAAACAGUUAACUAACGUCCAAGUUAAAAACAGUGACGUCAUGUUUAGACCGCAACACGCUGCCUUCAGGUGCGCAUUGUAAACCUGGGUUUCAAGUUUCAAAAGUCCUAAAUAAAAACGUUUUGGCCGUUAACUUGCUUUGAUCAAACAGGAAGUGUUGUUGCUAACACUAGCACUGUUGGGUUUUUUAAUUUAUAAUUUAGCCUAUUUAUCAUUCAUUUAAGUUAUUAAUCUCAUUAUUACAUAACCCCCAAAAUUCACAAUAUUUUUCCAGUUGUGGGUGUAACAGACAGAAAAGAGUUUGUGUCCUUAUUGCAGACGCCCAAAAUGUAUUAUUUUGUGUGUCAAACACUUAAUCUUUAUUAUUAUAAUAAUUAUUGUUAUUACAAAUAAACACACACAUCUAUCAUCCACAUGUACCUGUGCACAUUCACUUCACGAAGUCACCGUUUAGCUGUAACACGCUGCCAAAGUAGAGAAAAAGAAAAAUCUAAUAAAAAUAAAUGCAAUUAAGAAAUGCAUGAAAUAAAGUAAAAGUGAAAAUGCAGUUAAAUGGAGCGCGUCAUGAAACAAAGUGUAUGUUAACGUGUGGUGAAGGACACUUCUUAGUUUUACUGCGCAUGUGUUGAAAGGUGUUGUGAUUUCCGACAGGCCCUGAACGCCUCGACAGUCAUGUGACAGUCACGUGAAAAACCCACAGAAAGACGGAAAUGCAGCUGAGCUGCAACUUGUAAAAACAGAAGAAGAAGAAUGACGACAGCGGCUCUGACUGCGGGGCUGGAGCGGAUCCCGGAUCAGCUCGGAUACCUGGUCAUCAGCGAGGACGGUGUUCUGGCCUCUGCAGGUGAGCUGGAGAACGAUGAACACACAGCCGGUGUGAUGAUGCAGAUGGUUCGAACGGCGAGUCGAUUCAGGUUACCUGGAUCAGCUGAGCCGCCCUUCAAACGCAUGUCAGUGAUUCUGGAGGAUUUCGUUUACACGGUGACAGUUUCUGGUCAGAAAGUUUUUGUGGUCAAACGUCAGAACAACCAGCAGGAACCAAUCAACGUCUAGAGACGACACACAGGAAGUGAUGUGGAGGUCAGGUGGUCUGAUGAUGAAGGUCAGAGGUCAUCAGAGCGAUCUGCAGCUGGAAGGCGGAUGUGUUUCUAACUCUGUUAAACUCAGCUCGUUUGAGUUGCAUAAAGCUUUGUACGUUUGAAUGUUGUGUGUUUAACCUGUAUGACUGUAAAUAAAGAUUUCAAACUUCA